GCCAAAACCCUAACCCAGAAAUCACGGGAAAAUUUUUAAUUACAAAAUUCGGUUCAAUCUGGAGGGAAAAAGAAGAAAAAAAAGAAAAAGGGAAAAAGAAAAAAAGAAGAAGAAGAAACAGAAGAAACUAAAAACUCUCGCAAAACCAUUGCUCUUCGACACACAGCAUAUUUCCCGAUUGAUAUUUUAUAUACAUGGAAAGCGGCGGCAAAGGGAGAGAGGAAGAGCAAGACGGCAUGUCUGUACACUCUCCAUGCAAAGCUCCACCGUCCUCCGCUUCAUCUCUUCCCAAGGAGCAACCACAGGUUGAAUUGGAAGUAAAAUUGUUGGAAGCUCUUGAAAUUUAUCCACCAAUCAAACUACAAGGCAUACAUCGUCAUUUUGUCCUCUUUGGGUUGAUGGAAUUUCUUCGAAGAAGCUUUGAUCGGCAGUUCUCUUCUGAUGAGGUUCUACAGUUGUUGGAUCGUUUCUAUAACUUGGAAAUGCUGAAGCCAGAUGAGGAGGAGAUGGAAAUUCUGAAUCACGAGGAAGAUUUUUGCUUACCACAAACCUUUUUUGUCAAAGAAGAAUCUUAAGAGAUUAUUCAAAUGGAUUAGUACCUUAACGCUACCUGGUAUACAGUAGUUUUAUUAAUUUUUAUCUACGUUCUUCCCCUUUUUGUUCUGUAAAUGUCAAUAUAGAAGCUUUUGCUGGUUAGUAUAAUUCAAUAUUAUUUCCCUUUACAAGAAUGAAUACUUUAGUGUCCAUACACGAGGCAAUUAUACUCAAUUGAGCUAACCAUUUUUUGUAUU